AGCGGCCAGAGGGACAGUUCUACUUCCUGUCCAACUCGCUGUUUUGUUUAGAUAGUCAGGUUAAUAUGAAACUGCAAAUCUCACGGGGACCUGACCUAGUGGUGUGCAACAGAGCUACCCCAUCUGCAGUUCUCCCUUAGAUUAAUGGAUGACUAAAUUGGCCGUAGGUGUGACUGUGGGUGUGACUGGUUGGCCCUGCGAUUGGCUGGCAACCAGUACCCUACCUCCUACUCGCAGUAACUGGGAUAGGCUCCAGCACGGCCACAAACCUAGCGAGAAUAAGUGGUUCAGAAAAUGGAUGGAAAUUGGAGCAGCUUUCAUCCUGCAUUGUACAGUCGUUGCAUGUCCAGACGGCUAGCAAUGUGAACAGGUAACAACAAAAAGGAAGCCAUGCCCCCACCUGUUGACAUUGUGAAGGUGGCUAUUGAAUGGCCAGGUGCUAAUGCUCAGCUUAUAGAGAUGGACCAGAAAAGACCGUUGACCUCAAUCAUACGUGAGGUUUGUGACGGAUGGUCUUUAUCAGGCUCUGAACAGUUUGCCCUGAGGUAUGCUGAUGGUCCUCAACUUUAUAUCACUGAACAUAGCCGCAGUGAAAUAAAGAAUGGGACGAUCCUUCGAUUAGCCAUUUCUCCUGGCCGUGCUGCUCGUCAGCUCCUGGAGCGUAUCCAAUCCCAUGGGAUUGAUGCUCGCUUGGAGGCUUUAAAGGAGUUGGCCAAACUGUCAGCAGAUCCUACAUUUGCCACGGAGUUUAUCAACAUGGAGGGGAUCGGGACGCUGGCCCGCCUCGUCGAGAGCGGCACCCACUUUGGUGAAAUGCUGGCCUUCACUCUCACUGCAUUCCUGGAGUUAAUGGACCACGGCAUUGUAUCCUGGGAUCUUAUCUCGCUCUCCUUCAUCAAGCAGAUUGCCGGCUAUGUGAACCAGCCCAUGGUUGAUGUGUCCAUCCUGCAGCGGUCUCUGGCCAUCUUGGAGAGCAUGGUACUCAACAGCCACAGCCUCUACCACCGAGUGGCUCAGGAGAUCACCGUGGGACAGCUCAUCGGGCACCUGCAAGUGUCAAACCAAGAAAUACAGACUUACGCCAUUGCCCUCAUCAAUGCUCUUUUCCUGAAGGCACCUGAGGAUAGACGUCAGGAGGUGUACGCUAACCCACUGGAGCAGCACCUCACUGAAAUGGCAAGCACUUUGGCCCAGAAACACCUACGAUCCAUCAUUCUUAAUCAUGUCAUAAGAGGAAAUCGACCAAUCAAAGCAGAGAUGGCACAUCAGCUGUAUGUGCUCCAAGUGUUGACCUUUAAUCUUUUGGAGGAACGGAUGAUGACCAAAAUGGAUCCUAAUGAUCAGACUCAAAGAGAUGUGAUUUUCGAGCUCCGGAGGAUUGCCUUUGAUGGAGAAAAUGACCCUACUGGUACAGAAAAAAGAAAGGCAUUGUAUGCCAAGGAUUAUAAGAUGCUAGGUUUCACUAACCAUGUGAACCCUGCUAUGGACUUCACUCACACUCCCCCAGGAAUGCUGGCUUUGGACAACAUGCUGUACUUGGCCAAGGUCCACCAGGACACAUACAUCCGGAUUGUUCUGGAGAACAGUAGUCGAGAGGACAAGCAUGAAUGUCCGUUUGGCCGGUGUGCCAUCGACCUGACUCGGAUACUCUGUGAGAUACUCCAAGUAGGAGAAUUGCCGAAUGAGGGCUGCAACGACUACCAUCCCAUGUUCUUUACUCAUGAUCGAGCAUGGGAGGAAUUCUUCUGCAUCUGCAUCCAACUGCUCAAUAAAACCUGGAAGGAGAUGAGGGCCACCUCUGAGGACUUUAACAAGGUGAUGCAGGUGGUUCGAGAGCAGAUCACCAGGGCUCUGGCCAUGAAGCCCUCGUCUCUAGACCAGCUAAAGAAUAAGCUGCGAGGUCUCAGCUACUCAGAGAUACUGAGACUACGACAGUCUGAGAGAAUGAGCCAGGAUGACUUUCAGUCUCCACCCAUCAUUGAACUUCGAGAGAGAAUCCAGCCUGAGAUUCUGGAGCUCAUUAAGCAGCAACGAUUCAAUCGGCUGUGCGAGGGCAGCUGUUUCCGAAAAGUAGGCAACCGCCGAAGGCAAGAGAAAUUUUGGUUCUGCAGACUCUCUCUUAACCACAAAAUGCUGCACUAUGGAGACUUGGACGAAUCACCUCAGGGUGAAGUGCCUUUUGAGUUGCUCAGCGACAAGAUCCCCGUGUCUGACAUCAAGUCUGUACUCACUGGGAAGGAUUGUCCUCAUAUGAAGGAGAAAAGUGCUCUCAAACAAAACAAGGAGGUGCUGGAAUUGGCCUUUUCUGUCCUUUACGAUCCGGAUGAGACGCUUAACUUUGUUGCGCCCAACAAAUAUGAGUACUGCAUCUGGACGGAUGGCCUCUGCGCACUGCUGGGCAGAGAGAUGAGCAGUGAUCUGACUCGCAGUGACCUGGACACGCUCAUCAGCAUGGAGAUGAAGCUCCGCCUCCUGGACCUUGAGAACAUCACAAUCCCAGAAGCACCCCCACCUGUUCCCAAGGAGCCGAGCUCUUACAAUUUCACUUACAACUACAGUUGAGAUGUCUCGAUUGUAAAGCAAAUUAGCAAUGGUCAAGAAUGUGCACUCUCAAUUUUAACGACUCCCUACGGUGUGCGAUUCAAAAAAGGCUACCGUGGAACCUCCAAAGGCCAAAACAAACCAUCAUUGACCUGAUUUUAAAAAUGUUUUUCAGGCUCAAAUCAUACCUAUCAUAGCAGCUUGAAUAACUGCACAGGCAAUGUUUUCAUUAGCAUUAAAGUUGUUUUUGACUUAUACAACUUUUUUUUUCCUCCAACAUUUGAUUUUACCCUGAAAAACUCACCCCACGUCAAAUUUUUAAAAGUAUUAAUUUGCCACCAUGUUGUAGGUUCUAUAGCCACUUAUGAACCUUUUUUUUUUUUGAGGUGGGGUCUCAAUUGCUCAUGGAUUUUUAGUAUUUCUACAAAUUGUCGUCGAAGGAAAUACAGAUACUGUACACGAGGUCCAGGGAGAUGUCUUUAAUUCACCAACAAUUUUCACCAGCUCAUUCUCUUGAAUUAGGGCACCCACUAAGGUUCAAUACUCCAGACAGGGAUGGAUUGCAAGCAUCCUCUUCCACGAGACGACUGCGCAGCUUUUAAGGCGAAUGAGAGAAGCCACUUUGAUUGAACAGUGUUAAAGUCAGAUGUGAUAAUGCCCACACAAUCCCAGAUGACGCACAUUCAAGCUGCUUGGGCUACGCUGUUCUACAAAAUUACCUAACCUAAAUUGGGUCUAUCCCAACUACACACAGAGUUACACGAAGCGCAGGGCGAGAUUUGCACUAGUCAUGAAAAUUGACCCUUUGGUCUUAUUUUCAAAAUGUUCACAAAGCUGAAGUCUCAUAAGAGUUUCUGAUAAAAUAUCGUUGGAUUAAAUUGAAUGUUUGAGGCAUUCAAGCAUGGAGGUUCCACUGUACUAUCUUUUUUUGUUUUUGAACAUUUCUCAUUUGUGACAUUAUCAUUCAUAUAUCAUUUGAUCUGAACCUAGUACACUUCACAUUAUGCAUGUGUUUGUAUGAGUUGUGUUUUUGUGUGUGUGCGCGCGUGUGUGCAUGCAUUUGUGUGUAUGGUUACAGUUUUAUUUCCACAUGCUGCCAGUUUUGGAUUAUUUUUAAACACUAGCAUUUACGUACUAUUAAACUCGAGAAAUGUU